AUGUCGAGCCAACAAACCACACCCGACUCUGGUGGAUACCGUACAUUAGCGACGGAUCGAGACGAAUCCUGUUCAAGUGACUUCGACGUUGACUAUCAAGCGAUUUUGUUCGUCAUCGACGCCUUUGGUGACUCGGCAUUUACACUCUCACCUGGCCGUCGUACAACGUUCCCAACCGACGCCUCGCCAUCUCACGACUCUAGCAUCCCCAAGCGACGCUCGUUCACUCUCCUCUCAGACUCAUCAUCAUCGGACACUGCGUACCAGGACAGCGACAGCGGGCUUGAGAGCGAUACAGAGACGGACGUAGACGAUGACAUAUACGAUUACGAACACAUUGAAGAGAUAAAAACCGAAGGAAACGGAGAUGACGGAUACUCAUUCCAAUUAUUACCUGCGGUGACUGUACCGUCGUUCACGACUGGACCAAGAUCGAUGGACGCGCCGUGGCCAUAUACUUUCGAGAAAGGAAGCACAGCAUUCGCGAAAAACGCAAACGGAACGUGGCAUCGCGUAACACUUCUGGACAGCGGCUUCCUUUCCUCAGCGGGAAUCAGAGACUCCUUCCUUGACCUAGACACACCUUCCAUUUCUGAAAAUGCAUUAAUGUACACUGCACGGUGGACCGACUCUUCAGGUCGAACAUGCUAUGGAACGUUCUGCCCUACACGUGGAGAUUUGAAGCCUGAUGAUGCGCAUGUACGGAGGUUACUCGCUAAGGAGGGAAGCUUGAGGAAUUGAGGGAAUUGAGUAGAUUGAAGAGUAAAAAAGGAAUUUAUUGCAUAUCUUUAUCCAAGUUCAUUUCUUUCCGUAUAUAUGCGCAAAUUUUUAUAGGUAUAUUGUGGUAUCCAAGACUGUCCAUCCAAAUACAUUAUCC